AAAUCAUUUCAGCCUCGGCCUCCCCAAUCGCCUCCGUCUCUAUUCUCGUUCUCAACUCUGAACUUGCCCUCUCUAUGUCCCUGCAACUGCAAACUACAAAAUCUACAAGAAUCAAACCCAUAUAUUUCAGUUUAUCUAUCUGUAUACAAGAAUCAAAAUUUCAAAACCUAUUACCUAUAUCAAAACCCAUAUCGGCAUAUCAUUUCAGAUUGUUCAAAAAAUCAACACCCAUAUCCUUCAGUUUCCAUCGCCCACUGUUCCAGUUCGAGUUCGCCGUUCGCAAUCUUCAGCCGUUGGCCCACUAUCUCUCAACCCUCAAGCCCCUCUCUCUGCACUACUUAAAUCUCUGCAAUGAAUAUAUAUAUAUAUUUUGACUACGUGCUCAAACCCUAAUCUCUCUCUUGACUACAAACAUUCCUCAUAUCAGGUCCAUAUGUUGUUCCGCCUCAGCUCAACCUUUGCCCAUGAUCUUUCAUCUUUACACCCUAGGCAUAGCAUACAAUUUUAGCCGUCAUCGAAUUAGCAACUGAUUGAAACACCGAAUUCAACGGUAAAACCACGAUUUUCAGCGACGUACCUCUCCAUUUAGCGCAUCAGAAGGUUCCAUUCUACCCAUGGGUUUAGAUCUGGUCAUUGGUUGAUUCGUCUUUUGAUUUAGGGAUUUUAUAGUUUUGGUUAUAUUGCAUUUCGCAGAGGGUUUUUGCCUCUGAUUCGCACUUCUCUUCGUGGUUGCUUUUGUUUGAUCUUGGAGAUUUCGGCCAAACCUCGUUGUAGGGUAAGCUUCGCCGACCCAAAUUCAAAUAGACAAAGGAGCAAUUACAAGUUAUGUUGGAGCUUUCGGCCAAAUUGCGUUGUAGGGUAAGCUUCGCCGGCCCAAAUUUGAAGAGACAAAGGAGCAAUUAUGAGUUACCGGUUGUGAGGGAAAGGAAGAGGACAUUGUUGUUGCUCAUGAUCUCUAGGAAGAAGAGAAAAACUGAGGGGAAAGGAAGAAAAAAGGAUCUAGACUAUAGGCAUUUCAUAUCAUCAUCUUCAACUUGUCAUCUAAUUAUGUGUAUCUUCUCACCAAGAAACAAAGAUGCCAUUUAUCAAAGGAGAUCCUCUAGCUGUUCGUUGAUGCUAGAUUCGGUUGUUGACUGAGCACAAUGAAUAGAAAUUAUGGUAUUAACUUUUAGCAUAGUUCUUACAUAUAUAUAUGCUAUUUUUUCCAACAUAUAAAAUUGUCAUGAGGCAUUUUUCACUCCUCACCUGUUUCCAUAUAAAAUCAUUAAAUCUGAAAAUAAUCUAUCGGUGGUGGUCCUGAUGGAGCACGAUAUCUUACCUUUUUGAAUCUAUUGACAUACUUAUAUGUUUAAAUGUAGUUCUAGAUAUGAAUUAUUGCAUUAGCAUGCUAUAUAGCACGUCUGUAUCUAGGAUUGUCCUUAAGGGUAAGAAUUUGUAUUUUCAAGAGAUUUAUUUAUUCCUUAUUACUUAAUAACAAAAUAUUAGGAGCAUGAGAUUAUGAGUUAAAUGAACAAACUAUAACCAAGAACUGAAGCUUCCCUUCAUCUAGAACAAGUGGCAAAUUAGGAACUUGUAACCAAAUGUAGUACAAAAACUUAAUUCUAGAACUUGUCACCAAAUGUAGGAACUUGUCACCAAAUCUAGGCUAAUUUUUAGUCAAUUGACAAUAUUUUCCUGAAAAAAGAUUUCUUUCUCUUGAAAAUAGUCUCAUGAAUCCUAGUCAAAAUCUUAAUGGUUGAGUGGUCACUUGGAAUCCAAGUAUCAGCUGUCUUUAAUUCUAGAUUUUAUUAUUCUUCAACAAAGAUUUUGAAUGAAAUUAAUGAUCCCAACUUUUCUUGGAUUUCUUUAAAUGUUAACUGAUAAGAGAUAUGAGAGAUAGCUAAUAUGGUCCCAAAUUGAAGAUUUUAUACUAAAUUACUAGAAUUACCAAUAUGCUUAGUCCAAUGCAUCAAGGCAAGGAUGGUUCAAAAAAGUCAGAGACUUGUACAUAAAAAAAGAGAUAGGAUUAUUCUCAGCCUCCCAACCCUAUCAAAAAUGCAUCUUUCAGGCCCCAUCCAUGUGUAAUUAAGCAAAUGGUUUGAAGUCUCUAUUGUGUAAACAUUCUUCUGUUUCUUCUUUUUUUUUUUUUUACCACCACCAUCCAUGCCUUUUUGAGAUGGCCAUAGAGAAAUUCCCUCUCUCAUCCGUGUAUAAUGCUUACUUUGUUUGGUUUAAUUUUGGCAACUUUACAACUUGCUUUACAUUCUCUUACUACAACUAUUACAUU